AUGGAGCCUCAGAUAAAGGUGGUGGCGGAAGCAGUUCACCUGUUAAACCACGACACUCAGUCCUGCAACCGCGUGGCCGCCAAUCAAUGGCUGGUCCAGUUUCAGCACAGCCCCGCCGCUUGGGAGGUUGCCACCUCCAUUCUCACUUCCGCUCUACCACCUUCUCCUUCCCCGCAUUUUGAGGUCGAGUUCUUCGCCGCUCAGAUUCUCAAGCGCAAGAUCCAAAAUGAAGGACAUUAUCUGCAAUCUGAAGCUAAAGAUACGCUGCUGAAUGCUCUGCUUGCGGCUGCUAAAAGGUUUAGUUGCGGUCCACCUCAGCUCUUGACUCAAAUCUGUCUUGCUCUCUCCACGCUUUUAAUUCAUGCUGUCGAUCGCGGGAAACCUUUUGAGAAGCUUUUUUACAGUCUACAGAAUCUGCAAAGCCAAGAAGGUGGUGACAACGCUAUCCUCGAGAUGCUCACUGUCUUACCAGAGGUCAUCGAGGAUCAUACUACCCAUUACUGUAAAAGUUUGACUUCUCGUUAUGAAUGUGAACAACAGCUUCUCUCGCAUACCCCAGUGGUUAUUGAAUUCCUUCUACAUCAAUCUGAAAAGACAGUUGCUGGUGCUGUUCAAUUCCCUGACAACAAUAGAAAAAUAUUACGAUGCUUGUUAAGUUGGGUUCGUGCAGGGUGCUUUUCAGAAAUACCGGCCACCUCAUUGCCUUCACAUCCACUUGUUAAUUUUGUUUUCAACGCUUUGCAAGCAUCAUCUGCAUUUGAUCUGGCUAUAGAAGUUCUUGUCGAAUUUAUUUGCCGGCAUGAGGGUUUACCUCAAGCUUUAUUAUCCAGAAUUGGAUUUUUGAGGGAAGUUCUUCUUCUUCCAGCUCUUAGUAGUCGAGAUGAGAAAGUGAUUACUGGUAUUGCUUGCUUGUUGUCAGAAAUCGGCCAGGCUGCUCCAUCUUUGAUUGUAAAAGCAAGUCCGGAAGCCCUGCUGCUCGUUGAUUCUCUAUUAAGUUGUGUAGCUUUUCCAGGUGAAGAUUGGGAAAUUGCAGAUUCAACCUUGCAGUUUUGGUCAACUCUUGCAGCUUGUAUUCUAGUGCCUGAUAUAAGUAUUGUAGGAGGUGGAAAGGAUUUUCAAGAAUUAUUUUUUCCAGUUUACUUGGCGUUGCUUGAUGCUCUUCUCUUCCGUGCACAGGUGGAUGAUUCUACAUUUAACGAUGAUGGGGAAACUGUCGAUCUUCCUGACAACCUUCUUCAGUUUAGAAUGAACUUGGUGGAACUUCUGGUAGAUAUUUGUCAGCUAUUAGGCUCUGCUGCAUUUUUGCAGAAGAUAUUUUUGGGUGGAUGGAUGUCUUUAAACGCUCAGAUACCUUGGAAAGAGGUGGAAUCCAAAAUGUUUGCCUUUAAUGUGGUUUCUGAAGUUGUCAUUAGAGAUAAUCCAAACUUGGAUUUGUCUAUUCUAUUUAAAUUGGUGACCACAUUGUCCAGUCAAACAUCUGAGGGACUGAAGGGAUUCAUGCUUCUGGUUUAUAAAUCAGUUGCUGAUGUUGUUAAUUCCUAUUCAAAGUGGAUGCCUGCAUUCUUGACAAACCCCAGACCAUUAUUAUUAUUUCUUGCCACUGGGAUAUCGAAACCUUUCUGUUCAACUGCUUGUUCGUGUGCGUUGCGCAAGGUUUGUGAGGAGGCUGUUACAGUCAUGCAUGAACCUUCAAACUUGGAAAUCCUAAUCUGGAUUGGAGAGCAAGUGGAAGAGAAGCAUUUUUCUGCAGAGAGUGAGGAAGAAGUAGUUGGUGCAAUCACCCUAGUUGUUGGUUCUCUUCCUGGAAAGGAGCUGAAGACUAGUUUGUUUCUUCGAUUACUUUCACCAAGCAUUGAAUCCAUUGGGAAGCUGAUCAGUGAAGAUCAAGAUCGUUCUUUGAGGCAAGAUCCGGCUUUUUAUACCCAGCUAAUCUACUCUGCCAAAAGAGGACUUUAUAGAAUGGGAAUUGUGUUUAACUAUCUAGCUACAAAUAUUUCAAGUGGUCCAGCUUUAGAUGAUUCUGUACUUGUGCUGCUGGGGGUUUUUUGGCCAGUGCUUGAGAAAGUCUUCCACUCUGAACACAUUGAGAAUUCAAGUUUGUCUACUGCAGCUUGCAGGGCUCUUUCGCAAGCAAUCAAGUCAUCAGCUCAUCAUUUUGUUACGUUACUGCCCCAAGUAUUAGACUGUCUGACCAGCAAUUUCACUAGUUUCCCAAGUCAUGACUGCUACAUCAGAACAGCUUCAAUCAUUAUUGAAGAGUUUGGGAGUAGGGAAGAAUACGGGCAUCUCUUUAUCAGUACUUUGGAGAGGUUUACCCAAGCUUCAUCAAUAAAAGCUCUCACUUCUUCUUACAUAUGCGACCAAGAGCCUGAUUUGGUGGAAGCCUACACGAAUUUUGCAUCUUCAUUUGUCAGGAGCUUGUCAAAGGACAUAUUGGCUGCCUCUGGAUCUAUUCUUGAAACAUCUUUUCAGAAAGCUGCUAUAUCAUGUACAGCUAUGCAUCGAGGUGCAGCCCUUGCAGCAAUGUCAUUUAUGUCCUGCCUUUUGGAGAGUGGUCUGACAUCUUUGCUGGAAUCUGAAGCAGCUUGUUGUGAUGAAAAAUCUAUGGGUGUCAUGACAAUACAGGUCGUCUCUCACAAUGGCGAGGGGCUUGUGUCAAAUCUCAUUUAUGCUUUACUUGGUAUUUCAGCACUGUCAAGGGUUCACAAAACUGCCACAAUUUUACAAGAAGCUGCUGCAUUGUGCAGUUUAAGCGAGAGAAUGAUGAUGCCCGGAACAAUUCUUGGUUGGGAGUCAUUGCACGGAUGGCUAUACUCCGCGAUGCAAACUCUACCGACUGAGUACUUGAGGCCAGGAGAAGCGGAAACUUUUGUGCCGAUGUGGUUGGAGGCCCUUACUGCUGCAGCUUCAGACUAUGUGGAGAGCAGACGGAAAAAUGGUGUAAAUUAUGAUCAUGGUCUGUUAAAUGGCAAAGGAGGAAGGGUUCUAAAGCGUUUAGUUCGAGACUUCGCGGAUAGCCAUCGUCAUUCCCCAAACCCAACAUAA